AUGCUCACCUCCUUUGCAGGGACUGCCAGGAGGCCCCUCCGGGAUCCUGGAGGGGAUGCCGGGCUCCCUUCCUCACACGUCCCCUCUGGUCCUGUGUUCCAGUACGGAUUCAUCAACACCUGUCUGGAGUCUCUUGUGAAGGAGGAGUUUGGCGAAGAGACAUGGGAAAGACUGAGAGCUUCUGCACAGGUGCAGGAAGGCUUCCUGACCUACACAGUGUACGAUGAUGUCAUCACCAUGUCACUCAUCCAGGCGGCCUGCCGGAUCCUGGGUGUCUCUAUGGAGGCCCUCCUGAAGCUCUUUGGACAGCACUUCUUUAAAUUCUGCAAGAUGUCUGGUUACGACAGGAUGUUACGGACCCUGGGAGGAAAUCUCACAGAGUUUAUCGAAAACCUAGAUGCCCUCCACAGCUACCUGGCACUCUCUUAUCAGGAGAUGAACGCACCGUCGUUCCGUGUGGAGAGAGGAGCAGAUGGGAAAACGCUCCUGCACUACUACUCUGACCGGAGGGGUCUGUGCCACAUCGUGCCAGGCAUCCUUGAGGCUGUGGCCAGAGACUUCUUUGACAUUGAUGUGACCAUGGAUGUCCUUGGCAUGAAUCAGGAGGAGGAGAGGACGGGGAAGAAGGAGCACGUUGUGUUUCUGAUUGUGCAGAAGCCCCGCAGACAGGCCCUGGAGGCAGCCUUCCUUAGGAUGAAGGAGAGGUACUGGAGUGUCUCUGCUGGUCCUGCGAGGAAAUCCCACUGGGAAGCUGUGAGAAGUGCGGUCAGGUUUGGGGAAGGGCAUCUUGUGAACACCUUCACGCCGAUUUAUCCCGAGCGGCUCUGGAUUGAUGAGAAGACCUUCUGUAGUGCAGUUCCUUUCCACAUUGUGUUUGAUGAAUCUCUAAGGAUCAAGCAAGCUGGAGUGAAUAUCCAGAAGUAUAUCCCAGGACUUCAAACCCAGAAGAUCCGAUUAGACGAGUAUUUCUCCAUCAUUCAUCCCCAAGUCACCUUCGACAUAUACAGCAUCUGCAAAUUUAUCAACAGCCAGUUUGUCCUGAAGGCACGAAGAGAAAUGAUGCCUAAAGCUUGGAAAAGCCAGCCCACGAUCAAACUCCAAGGCCAGAUGAUCUGGAUGGCGCCCACGCGGUGCAUGGUGUACAUGUGCUCCCCGAAGCUCCGCAGCCUGUGCGAGCUGGAGGAGCACGGGAUGCAUCUGUCCGACAUCGCCCCUCACGACACCACCAGGGACCUCAUCCUCCUGAACCAGCAGCGGCUGGCCGAGAUGGAGCUGUCCACACAGCUGGAGCAGAAAAAGGAGGAGCUGCGGGUCCUCUCCAGGCACCUGGCCGCUGAAAAGAAGAAGACGGAGACCCUGCUUUAUGCCAUGCUGCCUGAGCACGUGGCCAACCAGCUGAAGGAAGGAGAAAAGGUCGCUGCAGGAGAAUUCAAGACCUGCACCAUCCUUUUCAGUGACGUGGUGACGUUCACCAACAUCUGUGCUGCCUGCGAACCGAUCCAAAUAGUGAAUAUGCUGAACUCAAUGUACUCCAGGUUUGACAGGUUAACCAGCGUCCACGAGGUCUACAAAGUGGAGACCAUAGGAGACGCCUACAUGGUGGUGGGGGGCGUCCCGGUGCCCGUCGGAAACCACGCUCAGAGAGUGGCCAACUUCGCCUUGGGGAUGAGGACGUCUGCGAGAGAGGUGAUGAAUCCUGUCACCGGGGAGCCCAUCCAGAUCAGAGUGGGGAUCCACACAGGACCAGUCUUAGCAGGUGUGGUUGGGGACAAGAUGCCGCGGUACUGCCUGUUUGGAGACACUGUGAACACAGCUUCCAGAAUGGAAAGUCACGGGCUGCCCAACGAAGUGCACCUCAGUCCCGCCACCUACAGAGCCCUGGAAAACCAAGGGUUUGAAAUAAUCGAAAGAGGUGAAAUCGAAGUGAAGGGUAAAGGGAAAAUGACCACUUACUUUCUGGUCCGGAGCCUGAGCGCCUCCGAGGAUGAGGUCCCGGGCAGGCCUGCAGUGCGGCUGGACGGCGCGGCUUCUGAUGAAUCAACACCUGAAGGGAUUCCGGGGGCAGGACUGGACUCCAUGGAGGCGGCUGCUGGACGAUGGUCUUCAGCCCAGACAAAGAUGCACCCCUUUCCCGCUGACACUCUGCCUUCUGGUUUCUGUGCUCUGUUGUAACUGGGGUAAAAUGAACCCCUCACCUUAGUUUUCCCCCUACUCAGUUUUAUGGCCACAAAGAAAAGUGCCUUCUUGUCAUUUCUCAGUUCAAAACCUUUUAAAGCUAUGUCUCUUCCUCAUUGUCCCUUUGAGAAUAAAAGUCUAGAA